AUGCUGAACGAUCGUUUGGGAUACUCGCAAAAGUGACAGAGGAGACGGAAGUGAGUGGCAGUUGUCAGCUGUGGCAUGUUUUGGAAACUGUGGCAGAAGAUGAAUCCCAUCCGGCAGUCCCUGUCACUGUGUGCUGGUGAACAGGAGUAUGUUAACAAGAGGAAGCAUGCAGUUCURCAGGCACUCUGUAAUGAAGGCAUCAAUUGUACCGUGGAUUCAGUUCCACACAUUGCCUUGUUGGCAUCUGGUGGGGGUCAGAGGGCAGCUGUCAGUCUGGUGGGCUCCCUUUAUCAGAUGGAAAAAGAGGGUCUUCUGGACACUUUGCUCUACAUAGGAGGAGUUUCUGGAUCAACAUGGUCCAUGGCCUCCCUGUACAGUGACCCUAAGUGGAGCUCCAACAUGGAGGAUGCUGUGUCCAAACUAUCAGGUUCUGGGAUUGAGUUAGAACAGGCUCUGGCCUGGGUGGGUGAAAAAACUAAAGAGGAAAACUUCUCUCUCACUGAUAUUUGGGGAGUUCUUACCACUGCUGGGGUCAUGAAACAGAUGAAUGAACGGCAGCUCUCACAUGAGGUCGAAAGGGACGUCACCAAUCCAUACCCUAUCUACUGUGCUGUAGAGAAGCACAGCUUCUCAAAUGGGCCUUUCAAAGGAAAAUGGUUUGAAGUAAGCCCCCAUGAAGCAGGAUUCACAGAGUURGGCCUCUUUGUUGAAACGUCUCUCCUGGGCAGCAAAUUCAAGAGUGGAAAACUGCUGGAGAAGAAGCCAGAGAUGGACAUUAUCCAGUUUCAAGGCAUUUUUGGCAGUGCACUGGCUAACGAGGAGACAGUCAAAAAAAAGCUGGAUGCAAUUGGAAACAUUGAUGCUGCUACUGAAAAGUAUCUACAUGCACGCAAAGUAUUCAGUAACUUGAUAUGUCUGGUCAGAAGCAUCAUUAAGGACCCCACAGCACAGUCGGAUUUGGAUCAACUGCAAAAAAUUCUACAAGACAAGUGUAGUUGUAAUGACUCCAUGCUGCUAAGAUCUAAAUGCCCAGAGGAAAAAGAAAGUCUGCUCCAGCAGCUGAACCAGGAUCUUCUGGUAGCAGUUCAGACCUGGAGCCAAGGAUUGGAGGAUGGAGGCUUCAAAAGCCACGCUUCUUUUAUUACGGAGCAACUCGUUCCUCUUAUAAUAAAAUGGGAGUGGGGAACAAUCAACAACUUCCUCUACCAAUACCAAGAUUCCUCAGUCCCCCCUUACCUCCAGUCUAAAGAACAGUUUCACCUGAUGGAUGCUGGGCUGCUGAUCAAUGUGCCUUAUCCUUCAUUUCUGGGGGACAAGAGAGACAUUGAUCUGAUUAUUGCUCCAGAGUACAGCGCUGGAAACAUGUUUGAGACUCUGACUCUUACCAGKGCCUACACAGCAGAGGCAAUGAAGCCUUUUCCAGAGAUCARUGAUACAGUACUGGAGGACAAAGACUGGCCAAAGGACUGCUACGUGUUUGAAGGGAAAGACCACGAGCCAACCAUUGUCUACAUGCCACUCUUCAACAGAAGAAACUGCAAAG